GUUUGGAGAGGUCCGUGCCAUGUCCACCCGCCUCGGGGAAAAGGUGCUUUGUUUCUCAAAGCUAUAAUUCAAGAAAACUGACUAAAUGUAUCGGAAAAUGACCCAACACACCUCCAAGCUGUUUUAGUGUUAUUUGACCAAUAAGGAGAGUGAUGGCAUGCUGCUUCAGAUGACCUGGCCUACACAAUCACCCGACCUCAACCCAAUUGAGAUGGUUUGGGAUGAGUUGGACCGCAGAGGGAAGGAAAAACAGCCAACAAGUGCUCAGCAUAUGUGGGAACUCCUUCAAGACUGUUGGAAAAACAUUCCAGAUAAGCGAUCAGCCAUAAAGGCCAAGCCCAGACAACCAGAACCCUGGUCUGAUCAGAACCCCUUUCUCUCCCCCUGUUGCCGACUGCCGACGCCCUGGGACCCGUCGUCGCCAUGGAGACGGUGGUGAUCGUGGCCAUUGGGGUGCUGGCCACCAUCUUCCUGGCCUCCUUCAUUGCCCUGGUGGUGGUGUGUCGACACCGCUACUGCCACCCCCACCACCUGCUGCACCACUUCAACUCCAAGUCCAAUGGACUGACCUGCUGGUUUGAAGCUAUAAAUCUAUGGAUUGAACAGAGCGACUUCACAGCACUAAGACCCAAUGUUGACCUGAUCGGUGCCAUGGAAACCCAGAGUGAGCCGUCUGAGCUGGAGCUGGACGACGUGGUCAUCACCAACCCUCACAUCGAGGCCAUCCUGGAGAACGAGGACUGGAUCGAGGACGCCUCUGGCUUGGUUUCGCAUUGUAUAUCCAUCUUAAAGAUCUGCCACACCCUGACUGAAAAGCUGGUUGCCAUGACAAUGGGCUCAGGCGCUAAGGUGAAAGCCCCAGCCAGCCUCAGUGACAUCAUCACGGUGGCUAAACGCAUCAGUCCGAGGGUGGAUGACGUUGUGCGAUCUAUGUACCCUCCACUGGACCCCAUACUCCUGGAUGCCAGGGCCACCGCCCUCCUUCUGUCAGUCAGUCACCUGGUGCUGGUGACCCGCAACGCCUGUCACAUGUCUGGCAGCAUGGACUGGAUCGACCAAUCACUGCACGCCGCUGAGGAUCACAUGGUGGUGCUGCGGGAGGCGGCGCUAGCGUCCGAACCGGAACGGAGUCUACCUGGAAUAGACGUGCAGAGAGAGCAGGCCAUCUAGAACACACAGACACGUACAUACACACACACAUACACUCCUUCUCUAUACAUUAUACACAUCUCGGGCACAUUCUCACACGUACACAAUGCUUGAUAAACACACAAUAAGAAAACUCAACACAUUCCCACUUUCCCGCUGCCAUUCUGUGCUGAUUUACAUACAGAUGGGUUGCCAGAUAAUAGAAUAGAGCUGGUUUUAGAAACCGACAGGUGCCAGAUCCUUGUGCUAUUUUCCUCUUGAUCCUUUCACUUUUAUCAUGUUUCUGGUUUUGUAUAUAGUUAUGUAUAACCAUAAUGCAUGUUAUGAUUAGGAUCUAUAUAGGUUUUAUGUUACACUCUCAGAUUCAUAUUGUCUUGUAAGUAAAGUGCAGAGCUCACUGAGAUAGGCUUGUGUGUAGUUGUUGCCAUGGACGACUGGCCCCUUGAUAUUCAUUCCUGAGUGUCUUCCAUCUCCCAGUGGUGAGCUGUAAUCUGCCCCGUUAGGAGUGCACAGUCACAUGGAAGCUUAAAUUUAGUCAACUAAUCCAUGUGGGGGGAAAACCCUGGACACCCAAUAGGACCAAAGGCAGGGGAAAUACAUGCACACCUACUCAGAGCAAUACACUCUUACUCAGAACAAUACACUCUUACUUAGAGCAAUACACUCUUACUCAGAGCAAUUCACUCUUACUCAGAACAAUACACUCUUAGAGCAAUACACUCUUACUCAGAACAAUACACUCUUACUUAGAGCAAUACACUCUUACUCAGAACAAUACACUCUUACUCAGAGCAAUACACUCUUACUCAGAGCAAUUCACUCUUACUCAGAACAAUACACUCUUACUCAGAGCAAUACACUCUUACUCAGAGCAAUUCACUCUUACUCAGAACAAUACACUCUUACUUAGAGCAAUACACUCUUACUUAGAGCAAUACACGCUUACUCAGAGCAAUACACUCUUAGUCAGAACAAUUCAAGCUUACUCAGAGCAAUACAUGCUUACUCAGAGCAAUACACGCUUACUCAGAGCAAUACACGCUUACUCAGAGCAAUACUCUUACUUAGAGAAAUACACACCUACUCAGAGCAAUACACACUUACUCAGAGCAAUACACUUACUUAGAGAAAUACACACCUACUCAGAGCAAUACAGUUACUUAGAGAAAUACACACCUACUCAGAGCAAUACAGUUACUUAGAGAAAUACACAACUACUCAGAGCAAUACACGCUUACUCAGAGCAAUACACUCUUACUCAGAACAAUACACUCUUACUUAGAGAAAUACAGUCUUACUCAGAACAAAACGCUGCUACUUUUUAUUUUUUAGAACCAGAAUCUUUGUGAGCCGUGUCAAAUGAGGUGGAGGUGAAUUUGCGUGCCUUGUGCUGGCCGGUGGUGCGAUGUUAUUGGAGCAUGGCUAGCUGCCUCUCCAUGCAUGCCUAAUACCGUAGCUAGAACUGAAACCCAAGAGCAGUAAUCACAGCAUAACCCAGCUUUACACACACACACACUGUCCAGCCCUAACACAGCUCACAGAGCUGCAAACACUGCGCCACACACUCAAGCUUACGGAGCAACUGUAACAAGAGCUCACACUCUGCUAACCUAAGGAGCAACUGUACACAGUGAUACACACACUUACGCAAAGAGACAGCGUCGGUACUGUAAAUGCACACAUAAGACUUUAUGGGCAAAAGCUUAAGAGACAAAUCAGGCGUUUUUUUUCCCACAUGGUCUUUCUGAGAAGACAUGCCUUUUGUGCCUUGUUCCUUCUUAUAAUUCAAGCUCUGAAAUUCAGCCUACGAAAAGACUGCCAGUAUAACGGCAGCUUACAUCAGAUAAGCAGAGCUCUGUGAUGGAACGAUAUUGAUUAAGAUGAAACAUGAAGAAAGUGGCCACUCCUUUAUUUUCCUGGUUUCCGUCGUUUAUUACAAUAGAUUUUUGUUGUUGUUGUAUGUAAGCAUGUUUCGUGCUGUUUCCUUACCCCUCCUCUUUUUCAACUUUCUCUUUAUAUCCUCCAUUGAUUUGUACAGGUAAAUUAAAGUUUCAUAGGAAAAUG